CACAAUUGGGAACAUCUCUAAUUCAGAGGCGAUAUUGUCUUCGACACAUUCAAAGUAAUUUUAUGUCCCAAUUUCGAAGCAAGAAUCUAAAAAAAUUGUGUUGACGUGCGGGAAGUACCCCCAUUCUAAAUGAAUUCACUAAUUACAUGCAACAAAUUCGGGGUGCUAAUGAAAUAGCAUUCAACUAUCUUGAUGCCAUUCCUAAAGAGAAGUGGGCACUUUGUUUUGAUUGUGGGUGUUGUUAUGGAAUUUUGACGACCAAUCUAUCUGAAAGUUUUAACCAUGCCCUGAAAGGAUGUAGAACGCUUCCAAUUACAGCGCUUGUGAGAGCAACUUUUGAUAAAUCCGUUCAGCUCUUUGCAGAACGACGUAAUGCUGCUAUGAUGUGGAAUCAAAGUGGAUAUCAGUUUCCGGAAAAAAUUCGGAAGCAGAUUAUGGAUCGAUGGCAACAAAGGCAUCACACUGUUGUAAUCCCGCACAAUCAUCAUAAUGGAGUUUUCUUAGUUGCCAUAGAAAAUGCAACUCCGGUUACGAUAGACUUUUCAAGGCGCGACUGUGAUUGCGGGUGGUGGAGGAUGAACUGGAUGCCAUGCAGCCACGUCCAUGUUGUGUGUCACUUCCUCAACCGCCCUGUCGAUCAACUUAUUCCGGAGGUUUAUAAACUGAGCUCUUACAUUAAUGCACAUGCGGGUGAUAUUAUGCCUCUACCAAAUGUGAAUGAGUGGCCGGAUAUUGGGAUCCAUCUUUUACCGCCAAAAUAUUUAUCACGAACUUCUCGAGUGGGGCGUCGUCAAGAAACAAGGUUUCAAAAUGAGAUGAAUACGCGUCCAAGCAGAAGAAGAGGACAAUAACGAUUUCAUG